AUGGCAGAAAUCGAGGGCUUCAAUAGUCUGUUCAGACUGGAUGGGAAGGUUGCUGUUAUCACCGGGGCCCGCGAUGCGACAAACCUGACCGCCGCGGCGGACCAGCUCAACGCCAUUCCUGGCAUCGUCGGCCGAGCAGUCCCCAUCGUCGCCAAUGUCGGUCACACGGACCAGAUCCAGAAAUUCGUCAAUGAGGUCGAGAGCGAGGUCCGGAAGUCAAAUAAGAAAGGCGUGGACAUCCUUAUGGCCAAUGCUGCAAGCAGUUGGGGUGGUCCGUUUGAAGAGUUCGAGGACUGGAAGAGUCAGAAGACCCUCGAUCUCAACGUACGAGGCGUCUUCAAUCUGGUGCGAUUCAUGGUCCCCCUACUCGCCGCACCGGCAACACCAACCUCGCCUUCACGCGUCCUGAUAACCUCCUCUGUCGGGGGAAUCAUCGUUCCGCACGUCGGCGCCCGUGGGGCAAUCAUGUACUCUGUCUCGAAGGCCGCAACCCACCAUCUAGGCCGCAACCUGGCCCUCGAGCUAGCGCCAAAGAAUAUCACGACGAACGUCCUCGCUCCAGGUUUCUUCCCAUCGCGCCUCGCCCAACCGCAGAUCGACUACCUCGGCGGUGAGGGUGUGGUAGGUAAGCAGAACCCGCUCGGGCGAUUGGGCAGACCGCAGGACAUUGCGGGUCUGGUGGUUUAUCUAUGUAGUGCGGCAGGGAGUUAUGUCAAUGGCGAGGACGUCAGUCUCGAUGGGGGCGCAAGGUUAAGGGUUGGGUUGCAUGUUGAUGCUGAUGGCCCCGAGGCUGCGAGUGGGAAUGGAAGGGAAUCGAAGCUUUGA